AGUCAAUUUCUAUAAUUUGUGAGGUUACUAUAUUAUUUACUAUUAGACUCGAGUAAUACAAUUAGUUACUAACGAUUAAUAAAUUAAAAUUUUUGUCAAGUGUUGUUAUAAAUUACUUACCUAAAACAGAACUUUAGUACAUAACAACAUACCUACGGUCUUUGUGUUGAGUUACAUAGGUAUUUCUAUUGAAUUUGCUUAAUUACGUUUACUCAGUCAAAAUGGAACAACAUCAUCGACAACUGAUCAACAAUCAUAUGUCAGAUUUAAUAUAUGUUACUUCUGAUUUAGAAACUAUUGUUGAUAGUUUAUUAGAAAAAAAUGUUAUCAACGAAUGGAUGAAAAAUUAUAUUUUGGAAAAUAAGGAAGAAUCAAUCAAAAAAACCAAGUUGUACGAAGUAAUUCAAAGACGAGGGCCUACAGCCUUCACAGCUCUAUGCAGAAUAUUAGAAGAAACAAAUAACUUAGAAGCUUGCAACAUUUUAACAUCAUCCAAAGAAAGCGAGGAAGAACAACAGCAAUUAAGUUCAAUUAAAUUAUUAGACACAACAUUUAAAAAAACCAUUUCAGAACAUGAUGACUCGUUUAUAAAAAUUCAUCCUGAACGCAAAUUCAUUGAAAAUGAUGUAAAUAAUUUACAAAGUGGUCGUGGUGUUUAUCCGAUGAGAUCAAAUCCUAAGGGUCAUGCUUUGAUUUUAAAUAUUAACAAUAUACAAGAUGUAGACCAAAGAACAGGAUUUGAUGUUGACAUGGCAAAUGUAAAUAAAUUAUUUAAAGGCCUUGGAUUUAUUGUUCACUCUAAAGCAGAUUUAACUGAAAAAGACAUCAAAAAUGUUAUUAAUGAGUUCAUGAAUAUAUGCCAUAGUGAAAAAGCUAAUUCUAUUGUUGUUUUUAUUUUGUGUCAUGGUGAAACUGGAAAAGAAUCAACCAGAUCAUCUGGUAUAUUAUCCGAGGAUGGCAUUACAAUAAGUACUGACUGGAUGAUUGAACAAUUUGUGCGCAAAAAAUUAUCUGGAAAUAUACCAAUGUUAUUUUUUAUUGAUGCUUGUCGAGGACAAAAUAGUGACUUUGGUUGGAAAUAUUGCAAUGGUGAGAAUAAUUGUUUACCGAAUGCUAAUGCUGAUAUGUACCCAAUCGGAACAGUUUUGGAUAAACGUUAUGAAGAUGUUUUCAUAGCAUAUGCCACUCUUCCGGGGUAUACUGCAAUACGUGAUCCAAUAGAUGGGUCAUGGUUCGUACAAAAAUUGUGUCAAGUAUUUCGUGAAAAUGCCUAUGAUACUGAAUUGUUUAGAAUGAUGUGUUUGGUGGAUAUUGAAUUAGAUAAGCUGAGCAGCUUUGAGCACGGGUCUCAAACAGCAGAGUGGUCAUAUAGAGGUUUCAAAAAGUUUUACUUCAACCCAGGUCUAUAUGAUGAUAAUUCAGAUAAUGAUAUUUUAAUGACUACUUCAAUCAAUCCUUCUGAUAUUUAA